UCGCGUGGGCCACCCACCCCCGGAGGCGCUCCAGCCGUUACUGGAGUUAGGGCACCACCGAAGCGCUCGUGCCCGGAGCGCAUGCGCGGCUGCACUAACCGGAAGCGCGGACCCUCGCUGUGCGGGCUGCGGCGCGGGGCGGGGCGGGGCCCGGGCGGCUCCGUUUCCAUCUCUCCGCGCCCGGCGGCCCGAGGGAGGGGGUGGGUAGAAGCCGUCGCGCGCGCCGGAAGUAGCGGCCCCGGACUUCCGGUCUGAGCGCCAAGGUUCGCGCUCCGGGCUUCCGGGUGGGCGCGAGCGGCCGGCGGGCGAGCGGCCGGCGGGGCGGCCCGCGGACGGGGCCAUGGAGAAGCUUCGGCGGGUCCUGAGCGGCCAGGACGACGAGGAGCUGGGCCUGACCGCGCAGGUCCUGGACUCCACAUCCCUGAGUUUCAGCACCAGAUUGAAGUGUUUUGUGAUAUGCUUCGUGGCUGGCAUUUUCUUUUCUAUCCUUGGAACUGGAUUGCUGUGGCUUCCCAACAUAAAGCUUUUUGCCGUGUUUUACACCCUUGGGAAUCUUUCUGCAUUAGCCAGUACUUGCUUUCUGAUGGGACCCGUGAAGCAGCUGAAGAAGAUGUUUGAAACCACAAGGUUGCUUGCAACAGUUAUCAUGCUUCUGUGCCUCGUCUUUACCCUGUGUGCUGCUCUGUGGCACAAGAAGGAACUGGCCUUGUUAUUCUGCAUAUUGCAGUUCUUGUCCAUGACGUGGUACAGUCUGUCCUACAUCCCCUAUGCACGGGAUGCUGUUCUUAAGUGCUGCUCUUCUCUCCUAAGCUGAGUGUCCUAGCGUGCUUUUACAGGACAGAAACACUGGCGUGCUGAUAAACUGUGUUUGAGAUAGUGCUCUGAAGUACACAGUUCCCAACAGAGCUGUCAGUCACUCCAGAGCCAGCCCUCUGGAGCUGAAGACCUUCUCCUGUACUGGUGAACACACGCACCACCGACACCGUUCCUGCCAGUAGCCUGCAUUCACUCUGUGUCGUCAACCUGCUUCCAAAGAUAGGAGGCGCCUGAUCAUUGCCAGUUGUAGAUAAUUUUCCCAGAACAGCUUCUGAGGUGUGAAUAUCUAAGAGCCAGAUCUGUGCUGCAGGGUGCAUUCAGCUUACUUGGUUUUCUUUAAAUGUCUGCAUUUUUAAGACCUUUUUUAACUUUAAAAAUGUGAAACUUUAUAUCUUAAAGUUGCUUAUUACAUGUAAUAAAAAUAAUAUAUAUCUUUACAAUUUCAAAAUAAACCCACUCUUGGAAAAAUAACAA